CAAACCAUCUUCCUACCACCCGAUUAAAACACUUCAGCGGUCCUAUGCUUUAUUGAAGAAAUGAAAUCAAGAAACCUUAUUGGACAGUGAGUUGAAACAAUGGAGUCAAGUCGGAGUAAGGUACUAAUUGUACUUUACCUGACUGCAAUUACAAGUUUGAUGGUAAAAGGAGUGACAGGUUGGACUGGUGAAAUUCAUGGCAGAGUUGUUUGUGAUGUCUGUGCUGAUUCUUCUGUUGGUCCUGAAGACCAUGUUCUAGAAGGUGCUGAGGUUGCUGUUCUUUGCAUAACAAAGUCUGGGGAAGUUCUGAAUUAUCAGGCAUUCACAGACUCCAUGGGGAUAUAUAGAGUGGCCGAGACAAUGCCAGAGAUUGAUCGUUGGGAUGCCUGCCUUGCAAGACCAAUCAGCAGCUUCCACGAACACUGCACACGUCUGGGAGAAGGCAACUCGGGGUUGAAGUUCAGGUAUAAUCAUCCUUCAGGAUAUUCACACGCAGUCAGACCAUUUGUAUAUCGUCCCACCAAUGUCCCAACAUAUUGCAUCUAAUAAAGUAUUGUAUCACACGCUACAGGCUAUCGAAGCUUAUUGCUAAUGUAUCUUGAGUUGUCUUGAUUUUAAUGAAAAUCCAGUAGCAAUCUGGAUAUAUAUAUAAAUAUAUAGUAAACUUUGUCUGUUCGGCUUA